GGUGGGCGCUGAGCGAUGUCGCGGGCGGCGGGCGGCGAGUGCCGCAAAGAGGCGGUGGGCUGGGAGGGCGAGGAGGGGCAGUGCGACUCGGGCAUCGAGUCGUUGCGAUCGCUGCCGGGAGGCAGGGACACCCCCGCCGCCGCCGUCGAGGUUCCCCCCGCCGAGGAGCGGCUGGACUCCAGCUACAGCUCCGGCCCCCUUCCCGAGGCUCUGCCCGCGCUGCCGGCCGCCGGCAGCACCGAGGAGCCGCCGCCGCCGCCGCCGCCACCGCCCCCCGAGGGGCUCAGCCGGCAGCAGCUGAAGGCCCUCGCCUACCUUUCGGAGGACGGAGACACGUUGGUUCACUUGGCCAUUAUCCACUGUGUCCCAGCUGUGGCACUUUGCUGUAUCGCUCAGCUGCCCAAGGAGGUGCUGGAGAUCCAAAAUGAUCUUUUUCAGACCCCGCUCCACCUUGCCGUGUAUCUGGAGCAACCCAGCGUGAUCCAAGCACUGAUGCACAAGGGAGUGAACCUUGGGCUGCAGGACCGCAAUGGCAACACACCCCUGCACCUGGCCUGCCAGCAGCAGUGCCUGCAGUGUGCCCAGCAGCUGCUGCAGGGCACUGCCCCACAGGAGGGCACGGACCAGCCCCACCAGCAGCACCAAGAUCUGCAGCUCCAGAACUGGCAAGGCUUGGCUUGUCUGCACAUCAGCACUUUGAAGGGGAACAUCCCAAUGAUGUCUCUGCUGCUGAAGAGCGGCGCCAACAUUGAUGUUCAGGAGGGUACAAGUGGGAAGACCCCAUUGCACCUGGCUGUGGAGUGCCACAACCGCAGGGCGGUCCAGUUCCUGCUGCACAAUGGGGCGUACGUGGAUGCCCAGAUGUACAACGGGUGCACCCCACUCCACCUGGCUGUGGGUCGCAAGGAUGCUGCCAUCGCCACCAUCCUCUCACACUCUGGGGCUGACACCCUGCUGAGGAACAUGGAGAAUGAGACAGCUCAGGACCUGGCUGAUGGCAAUGAUGACCUCCUUGCCUUGCUGCCCUUCGAUGACCUGAAGAUCUCGGGGAAGCCUCUUGUGUGCUCUGAAUGAGCAGCUGGAUCCCCUUUGGCCCAUUGGGCUGCCUCCUUGUGCCGUGCUGCUGCCCGCUUGGACCUUGCCUGCCUGCAGUUCAGUGGGAGCAGAGUGACUUUGAGAGACUUCUCCCCCCUCUCCUCUUUGGAAAAGUUUUGUUGGCCUCAGGCUGCCUUCCCAGAGGGAAGAAGGUGUCAGUAUGAGCACUACACAGAGGAGGCUUUUCUUGUAGUAUUUCUGCCCAGGAGCAAGACUGAACUUCCCCACCCUGCCCUGGUUCUGCCUUGUGAGAGUCUCCAGCUUACAGAGGAGCAGGAAAGGACUUCUUUACAGACUGUAUGGUAAAUGGAUCAUCCUCUGGCACCCCCAAACACCAUCAGUAUACAUGUGGGGUGAGGAGAGUUAACACUCUAAUAAACAUUUGUUCUUGC